UCCCCCGCCCUAGCCGCCCGCCCCCUCGCCUGACUCAUCCUCCCGCGGUGGCCGCGCCGCGUCCGCCGCCCGAGCCCAGCCGGGAUGGGGAGGGAGCCCGCGACUGCCGGCGGCUGCGGAGACUCCCGCUGACGCCCCCGAGCCCGCCGCCUCCUCCGCUCGUCUGAAGAGGCGCCCGACGUCCCAACUGCUCCUGCAGUGAGAGUCCGGAGAGACCCCCGGACCGCUGAGGCCGCGCGUUCAGGACAGAGCAAAAGACUGAGCUAUGAUAGCAACCGGUGGUGUGAUAACCGGCCUGGCUGCCUUGAAAAGGCAAGACUCGGCCAGGUCACAGCAUCAUGUCAGCCUCAGCCCCUCGCCUACUGCCCACGAGAAGAAACCGGUCAGGCGGCGGCCUCAGGCGGAUGUCGUAGUCGUUCGAGGCAAAAUCCGGCUUUAUUCCCCAUCCGGUUUCUUUCUCAUUUUGGGAGUGCUUAUCUCCAUUGUAGGAAUUGCAAUGGCAGUCCUUGGAUAUUGGCCCCAAAAGGAACAUUUUAUUGAUGCGGAGACGACACUGUCAACCAACGAGACUCAAGUCAUUCGGAACCAAGGUGGCGUGGUGGUCCGCUUCUUUGAGCAACAUUUGCAUUCUGAUAAAAUGAAAAUGCUUGGCCCUUUCACCAUGGGGAUUGGCAUUUUCAUAUUCAUUUGUGCCAACGCCAUUCUCCAUGAGAACCGGGACAAAGAAACCAAAAUCAUACACAUGAGGGAUAUCUAUUCCACAGUUAUCGACAUCCACACACUGAGAAUCAAGGAGCAAAAGCAUAUGAAUGGCAUCUACAAUCUCCCAUUGAUGGGAGACACAGAAGUAAAACAGAAUGGGAGCUCCUGUGCCUCGAGACUGGCCGCAAAUACCAUUGCAUCUUUUUCGGGUUUUAGGAGCAGUUUUCGGAUGGACAGCUCUGUCGAGGAGGAUGAGUUUGCACUAAAUGAAAAUAAGAGUUUGGGGCAUCUCAUGCCCCCUUUGCUUUCAGACAGCUCCGUCUCCGUCUUUGGCCUCUAUCCACCUCCCUCCAAAACGACUGAUGAUAAGACCAGCGGCCCUAAGAAAUGUGAAACCAAAUCAAUUGUGUCAUCGUCCAUCAGUGCUUUUACAUUGCCUGUGAUCAAACUUAAUAACUGUGUUAUUGAUGAGCCCAGUAUAGAUAACAUCACUGAAGAUGCUGAGAACCUCAAAAGUAGGUCAAGGAAUUUGUCGAUGGAUUCGCUCGUGGUCCCUGUGCCCAAUGCCAAUGAGUCCUUCCAGUCAGUCAGCACCGUGUUCCCAAGGAAUAAUUCCAUUGGGGAGUCGUUGUCGAGCCAAUACAAGUCUUCUGUGGCCCUCGGACCCGGGGCUGGACAGCUCUUGUCUCCUGGGGCUGCUAGAAGACAGUUUGGGUCCAACACUUCUUUACAUUUGCUCUCAUCACAUUCAAAAUCCUUAGACUUAGACAGGGGUCCCUCCACCCUAACUGUUCAGGCAGAACAACGGAAACACCCAAGUUGGCCUCGGUUGGAUCGAAGCAACAGCAAAGGAUACAUGAAACUAGAGAAUAAAGAGGACCCCAUGGAGAGGCUGCUUGUACCCCAAACUGCGAUCAAAAAAGACUUUACCAAUAAGGAGAAGCUUCUCAUGAUUUCAAGAUCCCAUAACAAUUUGAGUUUUGAACAUGAUGAAUUCUUGAGUAAUAACCUAAAGCGGGGAACUUCUGAAACGAGGUUUUAAUGUUUAAAAAUAUAUCAUUUUACAAGGCUAUAUAUUUUAAAACUAUUUUCACUGGUGUUUCCCUGUUAAAGUAUGGAUCAUACGCAUUUUGUAUCAAAAGGUUUGUAGUGGGUUAGACCUGGUUGCUUAAUUCUGUGGUGGCGAUGGCUGUAUGUUCGGGUUACUUAUGAUCACAGGACUUUCUCUGAUCACCCGUGAUUUUAUAUUCUCCCUUCUUUUGAAAACGUAUCUCUUCUAUCAAUAUGCACACAGAACACUUCCAUCUGUACUAAAGCUCCCUUUCUUUACUUUUAAAUUCUCUCAUUGAUGGUCAUCUGUAUAGGAUGAAUUGUCCAGAGUACAAAUUUUCUAAACAACUGCUUUUUUAAAAAAAAAAUAAAAAAUAAAUUAAAUUAUUUAAAAGGAGAAAGAUCUAGUUUCUGGGUGAGCUAAAUAAUUUGGACUGGUGAAAUUGGUCUAGUUCCAUGUGAGCUAAUUGAUAGGAAUUAUUUAAUUUCAUUGUGGUUAGUACCCUGAGCUCUGGGGCUCUUUUUUCAUUCUUUGUUCUAUUUUAGUGUUAUUUUAUCAAGAAACCAUGUAUUCAAGAACCAUGGCUGAGAGUGCCAGGUAUUCUUAGGAGUAAAUAUCAAAAUGCUAUUAUCUAUAACUUUAGAUAUUCAGAAUCAAAAUUUAUCUGCAUCUAACUUGAAAAAGGAAUGAACCAAUUUAGUUUGUAGGAAUGCUAUCUUGAAAUAAUUAUAUACAUGAAGAAGAUGUUGAUUAGUCACAAAAAUACACUAUGGGUUAGUUAACGCUAACUAGUCUCCAUAUCUUUCCUAGCUAUCUCUUUUAUCAUCCAGCAUCCAUUCAUUCCCACACCCUUCUUUUCCCUCAAGAUUUUUCAGAUCUCCUGUUCUUUGGAAAAUAAUCAGCUAACCUUGACUUUUCUUUUUAUCUUUGUAUAUCACUAGCUUGGUGAUUCAAGAAAAUUUAGUCCUUGACAAAUUGCCUUGAAAUUUAUCUUGUGCUGGAAAGCCUUCUGAAGACCCCAAAGACUUUCUUAUGGUGUAAUACAUUUUGGGGAUUGUAACUCUCAAUUAUUGAAGAUAACAAAUAUGAAAAUGAAUGUUUCCAUUAGAAAAUGUUCAUGUUUCCCAUUAAGGUAACAUUUAAUUGUAAGAACUGUUUAAUGGAAUACUCAGGAAAUUUUACAGGUUCUUCCUAAUGCCUAAAUGUUACCGAGCAUCAGUAUUAUUGCAGCUAUUGUGGAAAAGGAGAAGGAAGAUAUAUUUCUGUGCAUAGCUCCCCACAAUUCCAUCUUGUGAUGGCAUCAUGACAUUGAGUCAAUGUUACUUGUUAGAACACCAAGCUUGUAUACUGUAAUAGAGUGGACUCAAUAUUUUACUAUAAAGCAUUUAAUAAACUUCUGUUCUUAUUAGAAA